UGCAGCUGCCUCGUGCGUGUCUAACAAUGACCAACUCAUGUUGGUGUUUAGAGGCUUCAUUACUGACACACUCGUGAUAUCCGUACACAUUUUGAGAACACUUUUUAACAAGUAAUUAUGGGUGUUUCGGCUAACCCAAUGUGGCACCGCAACAUCCGCUUGGAUGUACGGAGCCCCUUUAAUGACACACCGCGAAGCCGGACGCUUUGACGCCGCAUGACCUUCAGCGUACCAUACUUGAAGUUAUGAUCGCGAGUAAUGUACACUGUACACACUCUCCGAUGCGAGAUUUCCCAAGCCUGAAGUUAUUUGACCAAGAUUGAUUGUUGAUAGUGCAGUGUACAUGUGGCAAAUGGUUCCUGGUUUCGACAUGAGAGCUGCCUGGUCAUUUGUGUAGUACACGGAGGGUAACUGUUUACCUAGCUUUUGUUUCGAGUCGGCACAAUUCUCUUGAAAUGUUCAUGCAGUGGUAACGUUACCGUGGCGUUGUUUAAGCGCUCUGCACAGUACGUUGCAUUAUUGAAUUGGUUCCAAGUUCCAGUCUUGUCUGAGUGCUUAUACUGUCAUGACAGUAUGAAGCAAGUAAACAUCGUGUAAAGGUUGGCAACAGUGGACAACAGGCAAGAUUCGGUUGUAUGGCAGAUUGACCAGGCGAUUAGAAUAGCAGUGCCAAGUUUGAGGCAAAUUAGUCAAACUUCAAGGAAAUUGAGCUCAGUCGACCAGUCAUAGAUGGAAAGCCGAGGGCUGUGCCGGUGAAUUGUUCUUUUGCCUGGGAAUCCACUUAUCAUCGAUGGAGGAAACGAUCGUCCAAGUUUAACCGAGAUCUGGGGAAUGAGAGAAUAAUUGAUGACUUGGUGAACAGACUGGAGCUAAGAUUGCUACAUGAAUGUCAGAACCCUUGGAGACUUCCAAUCCGGAAUCCCUACAUUCAGAUCUCAAUAUCGUGUGUAAAAUGUGACAUGGAUCCACUCCUCACUUGUGCGUGAUCUGUGAGCAAUUUUGUGAAUAGAACGCUGCAGGGUAUAAAGGAAAGGAUUUUGACCACAGAGGCGGGAACAAGACACAAAAUGGAUGACACUGGUUCAACAACCAACAAGGGUUUCUUCCGUUCGCGGAAAAGGGUCUUCUCGUUUUGCCUCGUGGUACUGGCUGUAUCAUUCUCGGUGAUCAUGCUGAGAGGCCAAAACCAGACGAGAAUGUAUAAGAUACACAAGUGGUUCGACCCUGGUGCCCGGUACGAGACUUCUAAUGUAGAGGAUACUGGGAAUGACAGAGCAGUGCAGAGCCUAGACAAAGUUAGUCACAGUGAUGGAGGCUACAACAUGGUUAGGUCGGAUGACCGACUGGACAGUAUGGACGAUCAUUUCAAGGCAAUCCCUGAUCCUGAUUUAUAUCUUGAGGGCGCUUCAAAUGGUGAAGCACCCUCGAGGGAGGGCGCUGUCAACACAGAAACCGAACCUUCGGCUCCAGUAAGUGCGUUGAACCUUCCAAUCAAACAGGAUCUGGGCACAGAGGGCGUCAUGCAUGAUGUUAAAUCAGUGCCAAGGAACAAAUAUAAUGACUUAGAGGGCGCCCUGUAUCCAGGAACAAGGCAGGUGCCAUCAAUAGAUGGCGCUAUUAAUACAGUCACUAAACUAGCAAUCCAAAGAAAGGGCGCGCUUUUUGCAGAUAGUAAACAGUCGAUGCCUGUAGUGGAAUCGAUUCAGGAUCUUCAAAAAAUGUCCACAAACAGAGUACCCUUCCGACGAAAAGUUAGUGUGGCCACUCGAUACCAGACUACGGAGAGUUUUAUAUCUCCUCCAGGCACAACUCAAGCUGUCUAUUAUGACAUAUGCGAGAGGUGUUGCUAUCGCUACACGACCAUUGAUCAUGAUAUUUUGAAAGCACUCAACGAGACGGAGCUCAAGGAGCGGGGCUGCCGUCAGAGACUUCCCGACGCCAUGAUCUUCGGCGUGAAAAAGGGUGGAACCACCACUCUCAAGAACUUCUUGAGUUAUCACCCAGACAUAGCCUUCACUCAGAAAGAGUUGAAGUUCUUCACAUCCCCUGAAGAGAGGGCGAAGGGAAUGGCGUACUACCGCAGUAGAAUGAUCCAUUCCACUCCCGACCAGAUCUCGAUGGAGAAAACCCCGGCUUACUCACACUACCCGAAGGUCCCCGGUAUGAUCAAGAAAGUCCUCCCAAAUAUCAAACUCAUUAUCAUCAUGCGGGAUCCCGUUGACAGGGCAGUUUCAGACUUCGUGCAUAUGCAGGUCACCAUUGCCAAGCGCUGCCAGAUGAAACCACUAACCUUCACUCAGACGUCGAUGCUUAGGGACAUCACCAUACCCGAAGGAUGUAACUACUCCACCCGUUACGAGAUCAACCAUACCUUCGAGGAGUCUGUGAUAGACUCCACUGGACGCGUCAAGGCAGACAGUCAGCUGAUAUCGAAAGGGAUCUACGUCCAGGAAAUACAAAGAUACCUCAAGUACUUCAAACCGGCACAGAUUCUCGCGAUAGACGGCGAGACGUUCAUCAAGGACCCUUAUCCGGCCGUCAAGCUCGUGGAGCAGUUUCUAGGCAUCAGGGAUUACUUCACACGCGACCAUUUCUACUACGACGUCCAGAAGGGAUUCUUCUGCAUGAAUAAGCCCAUUCCCCAAAACUGUAUGUCCCCGGCUAAAGGGCGCCCUCAUCCAGAGGUGCGAGAAGACACCUUGCAGAAGCUGCGCGACUUUUACAGACCGUACAAUGAGAAGCUCAGGCAUUUGGUUAACCUAGACUUGCAUUGGUCCUCUUAGUGGCAUAUUUUCUACACACCAGGUGCUAUUUAUUUUGUGAUACUCGUAUUUAUUUAACUCGGUCUCAUGGACGAGCUUCGCUGUCCUUCCAUAUGCAGAAUGACCCGAUUUGGCCAAUUGUAUAACAAGAAAUCUUGCUGUGCUGGCAUUUAAAUGUAAAACCUAGAUUUUAUGUUUUCAAGUCAUGUUCAUUGCAACUUUUAAUAUCCGCAAGGUCAUUUUAUAGCGCACAUAUAUUUUUUUCGGUUGUCAUAUCCACUUGAGGUUUACAAAAGAGGAUUGACGAUAUCUAAUAAGACAAAAUAGGCUAGUCUGACACCAAUAUACCAUUAUCAUGUUGCGGCCAUCGUGCUUUUCCCCCAUUCAAAUCAAUGAAACCAAAGCGAGGCUGGAAGGGAAAAUAGUCUGGUUCCUUUUUGCACCCCCCAAAAAAAUUAUUGGAUACAGGGAACAUGACUAAAAUGGUGACAGCAUAAUAAAGGUCUAUACCAAACGAUUUGAGGUCAGGUAGGCGCCACUGUACACAGCAAGGGUCUAUGAUAUGCGAGCACAUUCGGCGAUUAAUUAUGCAAAACAAGACUGCGUCUUGACCUCCAGAU